AUGUCCAUAAGGUCCUCCAUACGACAUAAGUCGUACUCGUCUACCCUCCACCUCCCCAAAACCCGGUUUGGGCCAAAAAUACCCGAUUCGGACAAUUUGAACCGGUUGAUAAAAUCAUCCAGUGACGAUGUAUAUCAGCAACAAGCCCAAUUGCUCGAUCGAAAAAAGUUUGUAUUGCACGACGGACCUCCCUACGCCAACGGGGACCUUCAUAUGGGCCAUGCGCUCAAUAAAAUUCUCAAAGAUAUCAUCAACAGAUUUGAGUUGAUUCGCAAUAACCGUCGAAUUAUUUAUCGGCCCGGCUGGGAUUGUCAUGGUCUUCCUAUCGAGCAGAAGGCACUUGCGGAAGCACGAAAAGAAGAUGAAACUAGAAACUUAUCAAGUACAGAAAUUCGUCAGCUUUGCAGAAAUCUCGCAGAGACAAUGAUCGACAGACAGAGACAACAAUUUCGUCAGUUUGCAAUCAUGACGGACUUUUCCGCUCCAUACAUAACGAUGCUGCGUGAGUACGAGGCCAGACAGCUCCAGGUGUUCCAAAAGUUGGUGAAAAAUAAGCUUUUGUCUCGUCAGCUGAAACCGGUGUGGUGGAGUUGCGAGUCCCAAACUGCGCUAGCCGAGGCGGAAUUGGAGUACCGAGACCACAGGUCGGUGGCUGUGUAUGUCAAGUUUCCUGUCAAGAAUGCUGAAUAUCUAAAAGACAAAAUUAAAAUUGGGGAUGAUCUCAAGCUCUUGAUAUGGACAUCCACGCCGUGGACAAUUCCUGGAAACAAGGCUAUUUGUGUGCAUGAGGGUUUGCUCUACACUAUUUUACAGGGCAUGGGCGAGAGAUUGAUAGUUGCAAAGGAUAGAGCCGAAGAGUUGCUCAAAUUAAAUUCUGACUAUGAAGAAACUGACAUCCUAAUUUCUGGAAAAGAUUUGAUAGGAAUGUCCUAUUUUGUUCCAGGAUCCCAAGACCUGUUUCCGGUGCUACAUGGAUCUCAUGUAACUGCCACGGCGGGCUCGGGUCUCGUACACACUGCUCCAGCUCAUGGUAUGGAAGACUACUUGAUUGGUCGAUCCAACAAUUUGAAAAUUGCAUCUGUUGUCGACGGAAGAGGCCAGUUUAUCACAGAAAAUUGCCCAGAACAGUACGCCAGUGUGCGUGGGCUUGCCGCUAACAAGCCAGAAGGAAUAUGGAAAGUUAUCGGACUUCUUGAGCAAUGGGGAAUGAUUUUCCACAUUGACAAAAAAUACCAGCACUCGUACCCCUACGACUGGCGGUCCAAAGCUCCGGUUAUUCAACGUGCCACUCCACAGUGGUUUGUGAAUGUGGAAAAGGUCAAGCAGGCAGCAGAAGAUAGCUUGAAAAACGUGACUUUUGUGCCAGAAAAUGGUAUCAAUCGUCUUUCACUGUUCAUUCGCAACCGGAACGAAUGGUGCAUUUCUCGCCAACGAGCAUGGGGAGUUCCGCUUCCGAUUGUAUAUAGCCAGAAUGGCGAAGCAUUGGACAACCCUGAAGUGGUGGAAUACAUUGUUAAGCGCAUAGAAGAGUUUGGCACCGAUGAGUGGUUUGCGGAAGAGUCAAAUAUCCAAAGAUGGAUUCCGGAAAAAUACGAUGGUAAUUUGUACAAGAAAGGAACCGACACUAUGGAUGUUUGGUUUGAUUCUGGGACGUCGUGGACAGAUCUUGGCAACGAAAUCGCCGAUGUGUAUCUCGAGGGAAGCGACCAACAUCGCGGAUGGUUUCAGUCGUCUUUACUCAACAAGGUGAUUGCUUCUGGAAAAGAUGAAAUUUUUGAACCUCAAGCUCCUUUCAGAAAGGUGAUUACCCACGGGUUCACUCUUGACGGAAAGAACGAUAAAAUGUCCAAAUCAAAGGGUAAUGUCAUUGUGCCCAGUCAUGUGAUGAAUGGAGGUGGAAAACCCAUGCUUUCCCAAAAUUGGUGUUGA